GUACAAAGUGCUAAAAGUCAUUUGCAAGGGAAACAGAAAGUGCUUGAUGAUUUACCAAAGGCUCACGAGCGGCGCGGUAAGGUAUGUGCAAUAUGUCAUACAUCUGAGCACAACAGAGCAAAGUGCAACGAAGUUCCUUGCCAUGAUGUGAACUUUUGUAAGCUGAAGGAUAAGCACCCUGAAUUGCUGAAUGAUAUUCGCACCUUACAGCGUGAGCUAAAGGAACUUGAACAAAAGUAUGCGAAAGCUAAAAAUGAGACGGAGGUUUUCAACGCUUCCCGCCAACGAGCGAAGUCUAGCUUCUUCGCAAUCAUGCGUCCAAGGCUGCGGAAGCAAAAUCCGGCUAAAUACUUGGAACGUAGUUCCUUGGAUAGAGACUUAAUGAUUUUACAACGAGCGCUGAAAAAUAAAGUUCCAUUAGAUGAAAGUAAUGACUGGAGAUUGCCAAAUGUCACUGAAGAAUAUAAACAUGGAAUUGUUGAUCCUCUGCGAGUGCAGUGA